AUGGCAACACCACAAGAACGACAUCCGGAGCUCUUUAGACCCGUGAACAGCGAGUCCCCAAGAGGGAUGAAGCGAACAGUGCCUCUGGAAUGUCUAUGUCUAGGAUUCAACCGGACGGGCACAGCAUCCAUGUGCAAUGCACUCGAGAUCCUUGGCCUACGGUGCUGGCACUCCACGCAGUUCAUGUCGACGCGGUUUGGCGACAUCGAGAUGUGGCAAGAGGCGGUGAAUCGAAAAUUCUUCGAUAUGGGGUCCAAAUUCGGGCGCGAGGAGUUUGACCAGCUGCUGCAUGACUACGGGGCCGUCUCGUCCGACACCCCAGCCAUUGCGUUUGCAGACGACCUGAUCGAAGCGUAUCCGGAGGCCAAAGUCGUGCUUGUCGAGAGGGAUAUCGACUCGUGGUACGACAGCUGGAUAAACAGUGUGAUUAAAAAUACUUACGACCCGCUUGUCACAGUUAUCUAUCACAUCGAUCGCUUCUUCACCCAUCCGAUCGGGAAAAUCCACAAGACGACCUUCCAAGGUUGGUUGGGGAUAUCUAAUCCCGAGGAUGCCCGUCGCAGGAGUAAAGACCAAUACAGAAAACAUUACGAGCUCGUCCGGAGGAUAACCUCCAAGGACAGACUGCUAGAGUUUAAACUUUCGGAUGGAUGGAAGCCGCUGUGUGAGUUUCUGGGGAAGCCGGUACCGGACAGGCCCUUUCCCCAUCUCAACGAGAAGAAAUGGCUCGAUGAGAAAGUUCAACUUGUGCUCACACGGGGACUGAAACGGCUGGCGUGGAAGGCAUUUCUUUUCUUCCUGGUCCCGCUGGUUGCAGCUGGGAUGGUCUACUACGUGGUGUAA